UUCUUUCCUUUUCUAUACGCCUCCCGUUCCUAUUAUUAGCCCUUGAGCCUGUUCGGUGACUUCGGGCUUGCUGCUCCCGACCUUGAUUGCUCAGUCAGUCCACAGGAAAGGAACAACUAGUCACUCGGCAAAUUAUACUCUUCCCCUCCUAUCUCUCUGUACUGCCCAAUACCUAUCCCUCGCUGCAGUUUAGAUCUGGACCAGUUGACGUACUUGUCAGUGAGGAAGAGCUGCUGGCGCCAUCGCGACCACCAUGAAUCCGUGCUGUUGAAUGGCUACCAAAUUCCUAUCUGAGGUAUUAAGAGAGUGACCGGUGGAACGUGGAAAUUGUCGUCACCGUCGCCUCCGGCUGUCAUCCCACCCUUUUUAUCAUUCCUUUUGCUGCUUUGCUUUAUAUAUCAAUUCCACCAGAGCCCUCUGACGGUCGUUGAAACCUCCAUAUGCCCCGCCCACCAUCACCGCCUGAGCAAUCAAAGGAUAUGGCUGUGUCGUACUCAUCGGGGCACUCCCCUGGACAUACUCCAAAACUACCUUCGUUCCGAGAGCUUCUACCUGAUUAUCUCCAUGACGAAAUAGAUUCCGCUUCAUAUCAUCUGCAAACCGGCUCGCACCAGCACCAACACCCCCAUCACCAGCACAGCAGCCGUCUGCCGCCCGUAUCCCGGCAGGAACCACCGUCGAGACGAGGGUCGGGGACUCGACAUCACCCCGGGUCAGUUGGUCGGGGUCAGGACUAUGACAGCUCGUUGAUGAGGCAAAACGCCUACCUAGAGGGACAAUCGCGAUAUCACAGCCACCAUCUGCCACAGGAACGGCAGUACUAUGACGAUAGAGCGCCAUUGACGCCUUCUUCGCGCAGCAGCAGUCGUCACCUCGAUCCCAGUGAUCCCAGGAACUUUCUUCCACCACUACGCAAUUAUGAAGCCCUGCCCGGACAAAUUCCAUCACCCGUCGGAAGACAUGAUGACAGAGGCUACGAACGGGUUUAUGAUGCCGAACGGGCAAGCUACGCUUCCUCUCGCUCGAGUACUUUAAGCUCAAUGACGCAUGGAACGGCAGGUCCUUAUCCAUCAGCAUAUAAUAGUCCAAUACAUGGAUCAUAUCAAGGAUAUUAUGGUGGCGACCUUGACAGCACCGCUCAUAGUGCAUAUAUGGACACCAAGCCUACAAAAUAUGACCCACUCGGAGAUACCGCUGAUUCUAAGAGUAAGAAGCGAAGGGGAAAUUUGCCAAAACCCACAACAGAUAUCUUGCGGGCCUGGUUCUAUGAACAUCUCGACCAUCCGUAUCCGAGUGAACAGGAUAAGCAGAUGUUCAUGACUCGUACAGGAUUAACCAUUAGCCAGAUCAGCAACUGGUUCAUUAACGCAAGGCGCCGGCAUCUCCCAGCACUGCGGAACCAAGGCCGUAUUCCCGACCCCGACCGGAUGCGUCCGAGUUCUUCAAUGAGUGAGGACGACCCUGAUUAUGACACGUCACCAUCUCGUCGUUGAACGAGACAUCGCCAUCCUAUUUAAACUUAAUCUUCGUUCUCCAAGCGAUGUCUUUUUAUCCUUUUUUUUUUUUUAUCCUUUUUUCCUUUUGGCUUUGUCAGGCAUUAUCGGUUCUGGGAAACGGCACUUUUCGGCUGAAAAUAUUGUAUUUUCAAUCUUUUUUCUUGUUCCUCUAUUUUCCUUUCUACAAUGUCUUAUUUGAUGUUCUUUGAAAGCUUAGACGGGGGGAGGGGACGGACAUAUUUUCUCUUGAAUUCGUCCGACGGAUUUGUCCGUCCACAAAUUGCGGUUUUCGUUUUAUAACUUGUCGAGGUCGAUGAGAACAUUUACAGCUCGACGAUAAGCUUGGGAGGGAAUGGAAGAAUAUGCAAAGAGACAAAUCUGUACAAGAUCUCGAAGUGUUGAUGUGCCAUAGCGUGGCGUAUUGGUGUUGUGACUGCUUUCUGUACCGGCUUUUGAAUUUCUCGCUUAUGCCCCAUGCAUUUGGCUCCUUCUGCCUGUUUGGAUGUCUCA